CACCCUCUUGGUUUCUUUACCUCUUUACUUCUUUCUCACACCCUCACACAGGAAAAGGCUUUUUACGGUGACACAGUCGUUUCCCAUUCUGGAAGGCUAUUUGGAGGGUGCAGAUAGUAAGACAAACAGUCGCAGAGCACAUAGAGGACUAAUCAGAGACAAGUAGAGAACACUAACUAGGUUUUUGCAAACCAUUGGAGGGACCUCAUUUUAGUGCGGAGGCACAUUAAGGUCAUAGUUCAAAAGGGGUCAUGGAUACACUGGCUUUAGAGGCGAAGUCAAAUGGGCAAGAAAAGAAAAGUUCAGCCCAGAGACCAAGACCUAAACCACCCAAAAAGGCCAAAAGGAUUGUUUACUUUGAGGUAGAAAUCGUGGAUGCAAAGACAAAGGAGAAGCUACUACUCUUGGACAAAGUGAGUGCCUGGAGUGUGUGUGUGUGUGCGCGAGCGUGUGUGUGUGGCUGUGUCACUGUGUCUCAUCAGUCACUGUGCACGUUCAAUACUGUAUUUGAUACUGUACACUGAGCAAAAUUACAUUUAAAAGUCAGAAAUAAUCAGCUGAGGUCUAAUUAUAGUCCUAGUAAAAGCCAUAAUACUGUCUGAUGAAGUCAGAGGACACUUGUUUGCUUUAGCUCAAGAAGUUACCGAGUCAUCCCUUUGACCGGACAGCCGGCUAAUUUACAGUUCUCAGACAAUAUGGCUGAUUCUACAGAGGUUGUGUUGCAGUUAGGAGGUGAAAAUUCCCCCUGAUCUUGUAGGAAUCUUCUGGGCUAGUUAUGAGUUAUGUGUCAGCUCAGUGUCCUGAAGCCAGUGGGUGUCUUGAAGCCAACAGCAAGCACCAUGUAUUUAGUGGCUUUUAUGAAUGUGAGCGGUUGUGUUGCAAUCAUAAUUAAUUACGGUUGAAAUGCUGUAUCAUAGUCUCACAAUUACUUCAAGAUCUUCAUUAUGAAAACAGAUGCAGUUUCCUGUAACUGUAGGCUGUUUUAAUUUGCUUGGCUGUCUUAACAGUGGGAAUAAAUAUGUUAGUGUUAUAGCAUAUGUACAGUAUGUGGUAUGGUACUAAUUUCACAACUUGAAAACAAAUAUCAAACUUUAGUCAAUAAAUCUAUCUGGGAUACAUUUAUUAGACCCAUGGUAGUAACACUAGUAGUAUGUUUGAUUGACUGUCUUUCUGAACAGGUUGAGCCAACUUCUACUAUUUUGGAUAUUAAGGCUUUGUUCCACAAAUCAAGUGAGUAUAUGACAAAGUCCAGGCCCACCUUAAGAGUGCGUGCACCACAAACAUUAACAUUUAAAUUAUAGUAAUUUAGCAGACGCUCUUAUCCAGAUCCAUUUUCAGUCAUUGAUGUAACAACAUGAAAUGUAAAACAUUUUUGUAACAUGAUCUACUCUCUACACCAGGGAUGGGCAACUUUGAUGGGGGUGGGGGCCACAAAAAAAUCUGAACUAAUCAUGAGGGGCCGCAGUUGCUCUUGACUGCGGAGAGAAAAUCUUUAAGUUUUAGAGUUAGUUUCAUGCAAUUCUAUACAUUUUGUCAUGGGGCAUAACGGAAAUGUUGCAGUUUUAAAGCAAGUUUGCUGCUAUUAUACACAUUUUGCCAUGGGGUGGAGAGGAACAUUUGCCAUUUUACAGCUAAUUUCCUGCAAUUCUACACAUUUUGCUAUAGGGUGGAGAGAAAUGUUUGCAUUUGUUUUUAAUAUGAUAUCUGAGUGAGACUGACUAACAAAAUCAAUUGAUCCGCGGGCCUUCAAAAGGGGGACCAGUUGCCCAUCCCUGCUCUACACGCUUAGAACAAAAUGUGCUUUCUAGAAUCUAAAAGGGUUCUUCGGCUGUCCCCAUAGGAGAACCCUUUGAAGAACCCCUGUUAGUUCCAUGUAGAACCCUUUUGGUUCCAAGUAGAACCGUUAUGGGUUCCAUGUAGAACCCUUUCCACAGAGGGUUCUACAUGGAUGGAACCCAAAAUGGUUCUACCUGGAACCAAAAAGGGUUCUCCUAUGGGAACAGCCGAAGAAGCCUUUUGGAACGCUUUUUUCUAAGUGUGUAGAUAUGUAUGAUCCAUAUACAAUAUGUCCUGAUAAUUAUGAGGUUAAUCUCGCAAUGCCAUCUUUCCAAGUCUCGUUAAUUACUCGGCUACUGGAAGGAAGCCUAGAAAUGGAGGCUAUUAUAAGCUUAAUUAACUUCUGUCUUCUUGCCAGAUCCCCAGUGGUACCCAGCCAGACAGUCCUUACGCCUGGAUCCUAGUAAGCCCCACACCUCCCAUGCAUGAUGCCUCAGCUACCUACACAGACUCAUAUGAGUGCUAG